AUGACGGACAAGUCGGACGUUUUGCUGGACGAUUGCCACCUCUUGCGCAACGUUGGCCGACCUGGGUACGAGUACCUCAUGGACAGCCGGCGCGUGGACGAGAGCAUGUAUCCUACGGCCCCGACCGCUGGCCAAUACGACGCGAGCAAGCCAGCAAACAGCGCAUACGACCGCCCACCUUCAAGUGGCGCCUACGCGGCACCCAGUACCAGCCCCCCAAGUGGCGCCUACGGCAACCCGAGCACCAGUCCUCCCAGCAGCGGCCACGGCACGCCCACUAGCCCACCAAGCAACGGCUAUGGAAGUCCAACCACGAGUUCACCGAGUGGCUACGGCAAGCCUGCGAAUUCACCAAGCAGCGGUUACGGCAAGGCCACUAGCACACCUACAAGUCCACCAAGCAGCGGAUAUGGCAAGUCCACCAGCCCACCGAGUGGCUACGGCAAGCCUACGAGUCCACCAAGCAGCGGCUACGGCAAGCCCACCAGCCCACCAUCCUCUGGCUAUGACCGACCGACCAGCCCUCCAAGCAGCGGCUAUGGAAAGCCCACCAGUCCACCAUCCUCUGGCUAUGACCGACCGACAAGCAGACCAAGCAACGGCUACGACCGACCGACAAGCCCGCCAAGCAAUGGCUACGGCCGACCGACAAGCCCUCCAAGCAGCGGCUACGGCAAGCCCACCAGACCACCAAGCGCUGGCUACGGCAGACCGACCAAGGCCCCCAGCGACAAGUAUGGCAAACCCAGCGGUGACAAGGGCCGUGGCGCUCGAUACGAUGGCAACGAUGGUCCUGGCUCGCCUGGGAAGGGCAAGCCAUCUCGCUACGGGGAUGACUAUGGCACGCCCACCAAGACCGAGAAGCCGUCGUCGUACGGUAGCACGGAGCCUCCGUGCGAGAGUCUCAAGCCGCGCCCAAAGUACAGCGACUCGACCGAUCAGUCCAAUCGCGGCCGUGAUGCAAAGACGCACUACCGCGAGUCGCUCGUCGAAGAAGCUAAACCAAGUCAAUGCGGCGACUGCACGGGGUGCUACUCGGGUGCCAGUGGUACCUGCCUCGGUGAAUAUUCGCCGCGGCUCUGCUGGACGGCAGGACUCACGUGGUGCGGCGCGCCGGCAGCACCGCCGGCACCGACACCUGCCAACUGGGACAACAUUAGCUGGGGGCCCAAACCCGAGUGGGCGCCAUUUGGUCUCGAGUGGCCGCCGCGCGCGUCGUACUUUACCGACAGCUACAGCUACGCCGACGGCGAAUGGGUCGAAGCAGGCGAUUCGCCGGCUCAAACCAAGUCAUGCACGCCCGACCCGCGCUACGAGCAUCUGAGCCGCCCGGCGUGGUAUCCGCCGCAGCUCUCGUGGCCGCCGCUGAGCUGCGGCGACUUUUGGGACACGGCGCCAGCGCCGCCGACGUCGCUGGCGCUGACCGACCGCGGGCUUGCGUUGCUCAAGACCAACAUGGUGCCGCUCGUGUCGGGGUGCGCGCUCGUGGUCGUGGCGCUCGGCGUGGCGUUUGUCCGGCGGUCGCUACGCCGCCAUCGCGAGCGCCGCGAGCAGGAACUGUACGAAGACAACAGUCACUACCAGCCGCUGCUUUAG